GGUGCGAGGUCUCGUGGAUGGGAGAUGCCUCUAGGCGGGAAGGAACGCCGGGGGAAUUCCUGCGGGGACGUAAAAAAUUGUCAACUUGUCAUUCCGAAGAAGAGAGAAGCACUGUAAGGAGGAACGAAGAGAGCUUUGAGGUUGGAUCGAAGGAGAGAUCAGAGAUGGUUGCUAUCUCGUUUUACAGGGGGAACCUGCACAGGGUUCCCGAUGUUCCCCGCCGAUGGCUAAUGCCAACUUCUCGCAUUUCCCUCAAAGAUUUCAGAAUUCUCAUCGGCAAGCGAACCAAGGCCCUUUCUCGCUUCUCCACCGUCACCACCGCCACCACCGCCGCUGUCGAGGCCACCACCUCAUCUGACCCUAACCCUAGCCCUAACCCUAACCCCUGCUCUAACCCCGAUUCAAAGCAAGAGGAAGGCGUUGGAGACAGUGGAUGCUCCAAACAAAAUCACCAAUCUACUGAAACUACUCAGCCCCAAUCCCAUCCAAGUGGGGUCAAUUGUUCUGAUGAGCUGCCAUCUGUUGGGCACGCUGGAGAUCUAAACGGAGCGGACAGUGAUUCUCGGUCUGAACAAACUAGGGUUACUUCAGACUCUCUUCCAUCUCCUGCUGCCAAACUCGCCGUACCAGAUGCCGAUGCCCUCACUUCAAAAGCUUCGCAGGAGGAGAAGCCGGUGUCCUCGGUCCAACUCACCGUGGAGGUAAACGGUUUGGCUGUACUUAGUGACAAAGAGAAAAGGAAAAGUGAAUUGGAGGAGAAGUUGCAAAAUUUAAAUGAGAAGAAGCACAAUCUAGUACAGAUGCUGAAGCAGAUUUUAAAUGCUGAGGAGGAAAUGAAGAAACGAAACAGUAUGCAAGCAUCAAUUACUCGCCCUUCUGGUUCUCUACAAGUGGAUGCUACAGCUGAAUUGGGGUCAAUUACUAGGCAUGCUGCUCCUAAGGUGAGCUCCGAAGCUAAUUUUGGUGGUGAUUUAGAAGGAGAAGCCGAAGAUGUCUCUAACCACAGUACACAAAGCCGCCAUUUGCAACGCAUGCGCAGCACAUCUCCCUCUGCUGCUUCUCCUCUCAGAAGGCCUAUGUAUAGCCCUCUUCAACACAAUCCAGUUCUGAACACCAACCGAACAAGUAUUGGAACUGCUGCGCAUACCCAGCCUGCUACAGCCCUAUCAAUGCCCGUUAUAGCAAGUCCAUCACGUUUUGCUCCUACUGGGCACCAAAGCCAUUCUGCAAAUAUGGCAACAGUAUCGGUGUCUGGAACACAUUAUGUUGCCUCAUCACCUUCUCCUGCAGGAUCAGGGGGUACUUCAGUCUUUAGAGAUGUUCGUUUGACCAGUCCUUCAUGGAAUUAGUAGGGAUUCAGUUUAUAUCUCACAUCUCAUGCUGAGCUGUAAGCAAUAUAGUGUACCCUGGGUUCAGUAAUAUUGCAUUUCGAGAUGGAUUGUUAUGGAGAAAAACAGUGAAAACAUUAUAAUGAAGCUUAAGCAAUAUAAUUGUCAUCAUCAUGAUAAUCCAAGCUUGAUCUCAACUAUUUGCAGUGAUUUGUUCCAUCAUUCAGCUAUCUAAGGUCAUAUCAUUCCCUUGCCCUUUUGUUGCCUCUUGUUGUCCCUAAAGGAUAUUCAACUUGCACAUAUAUAAUGUAUUCAAUGUGGCAAUUGUAUUUGAAGCUUGUGUCCA